AUGGCGAUUGGCCUGGCAGCUCUGGGGCUCCUCGCUUUCCUGCUCGGCUGCUCGGGAACCUUUGCCGAACCCCAAAACUCGGAGUGCUCCCUGACCGGCACCUGGCAGAAUGACCUGCUCAGCACCAUGCAGAUCAAGAACGUCAGUGACACGGGGGUGUUCAGCGGCGUCUUCAAUACGGCACGACUGCGGUACUCCAUACACGUCUUUCCAUUGCCGCUGCAGGGCAUCCAGCACGAGGGGCGCCAGCCCAUCUUCGCCUUCACCUUCAGCGGGAACUUCUAUGGAUCCACCGCCAUCAUUGUGGGCCAGUGUCUGGUGGACGAGAACGGAAAGGAACAGCUGAGGACAACCUGGUUGGUGCGUAGCUCGUGGGAAAUCCCAGAAAAGGAUUGGGAGGCGACCCG